AUGUGGCUAAAACAAGCUUGUGGAGAGUUUGAACUUGUAUCAUCGUUCAAAGGACUGGAAUGUCCUAUAGAGUGCAUCAAAAUUAAAGGAGGAUAUCUUGUUGCUGGAUGUCGUAAACCCCCCAAUAUAAUGGAUAGGAGAUCCACAUCAACACUAAUGUCAUGGCCACUGCAUUCAACUUGCGUCCAACCCCACAUAAACUUGCCACCUUUACUAAACAGUCCACCUAAUCAAGGUUCAUAUAACUAUAUGGACAAUAUACCCUUACUUGACAGUACAUCUGCUGUGUCGUGUUUGGACCAUGAUGGAGCCAAUCUCAUUAUUGCUGGAUACAAGAGUCAUAUCAUCGUGUAUGACUUGCACGAUAUUCGUCCACUUGCACAAGUCACAUGUGUUGAUAUGCGGAUUUGCGGAAUUCAUUGGUUAUCCACGGUAUCGAACCAUAUUAUUACCACAUGUGAAACUGGAACAAUCACUGUAUGGACUAUACAUAUAUCGCCUGAUGGUCCUAUACAUCUUGAAAGUGUGUCGAGCACGUCUACAAAAAGCGAUAUGGUGACCUCCCAUGUGAAUGUUGAUCCAAACGGGAUAGUCACUAUAAUGUGUGGAUACAAGGAUGGAAAUGUAUGUCGAUGGGAAUCAAAUCUAUCUACUUGGACCACUAUGAAUCAAACAGUAGACUGGUUACCAUUAAAUGCAUUUGAAGCUCCACAUACUACAUGCGAUUGGGUCUCUUGUAUUCACGCCUCUUUUUUCAACGAUCUUGUUUUUACAGGUAGUUGGGAUUGCAAGAUACGUGUUUGGGAUCGUAUCACUGGAUCACUGCUUGGAGUCAUCCAGUCCAAUGACCAGAGUGCUGUACUAAGCUUGAGCGUUGUUGGUCAGACCUUGAUUGCUGGAUGCUAUAAUGGCAAACUUCUUUCAUGGGAUUUUAACUCUGUCUAA